AUGUUCACCGGCGAGCAAGGGCCGUUCUUCCAGCCCGGCUUCAUGCGCGAGGAUCGCCGCACCAAGCUCGACGACCAGGCCACCCUCUGCUACUACCUGAACGGCGGCGACAACCACCCGAGCGGCACCGUCAAGGUCCUCAAGGCGUCCACCGGCCGCGUCGUCUACACCAACAACGUGUCGUGGGUGACGUCGGCGCCAGCCGGCGAGGGGGGUUCCGCUGGUAUCACCGCUGCGCCGACACCCCCCCCGUUCACGCCGCCGGUCGUCUCGAUCAACUUUGGCCCAGCACCGACGCCUUCGACCGCCACACCGCCACCGCCAGCGCCCACGCCGUCGCCCGCUCCCGCUCCCGCUGCCUCUUCGCCCCCUGCCGCAACGCCGCCGCCAGCGACCACGCCGCCGCCCGCUCCCACGACUUCACAGCCGCCCUCUGCCACUUCGCCGUCACCGUCGGCGACCCCCGCUCCUGGCCAUCCGUCCUCUGCCUCUCCGCCGUCACCGUCGGCGACCCCCGAUCCAGACCAGCCGCCGCCGCCGCCGGACCCCGCGAUGCCCCCGCUUACGGCUCACGCCAUGCGGCAGCUUCGCCCGGGUACAAAGGCCGAGGGUAUGACAGACCCGCGGCUGCCAAGCCGUACGAGAUCGGGCACGACGCACAGCACGGGACUCAUCUCGAUGCUAGACAAGAACACCCUGGUGUCGAUGCUGGAGGCUCGGAGCGCGGUGGAUAAGGAGCGCAGGGAGCUGGGGGGAAAGAGCUACAAAGAGGCCAUGGCGUCGGAGCACCGGCACCUUUGGAGCGACUCUAUGCAAAGGGAGUCUUAUGGCUUAUUGGAAGCGAGGACUUUUUCUCCGGCGAAGAUGUUGGCUGCUUUGGCGUGCGAGUUGAACCUCGACUUGUGUCAUUUCGAUGUUGAGCAAGCUUUUGUGCGUUCGGAGUUGGAGGAAGACGUGUACAUGCGUUUGCCGCAGGGAUGUGGAGCUCUAUCAGGAAUGAUUGUAAAACUAGGCAAGAGUCUGUAUGGCUUAAGACAGGCAUCUGGGCAGUGGCAUGCAAUGCUGAAGAGGUGUUUGGUAGAGUUAGGUUUUGAGCAGUGCAUGGGCGAUGCUUGUGUAUUUCGUUUGAGUGAAAAUGGAUGUGUUGUUUUGAUUUUGGUAGUACAUGUAGAUGACAUUUUUGCUGUGAGGGAGAGGGAGAGAUGUGACAAGUUUGACGCCGACCUUAACAAGUCCGUGCCAGUGAAGAACCUGGGAGAGUUGAGAUGGUAUUCUGGGUGCUUUUACGAGAGGAAUAAGGAGACCGGUAGGUUGACGAUUUCUCAGCAGACUUUCACGGACGAGCUAGCAGCAGAAUAUGGAGUAGUGGGAGGUAGGAGCGUUCCGAUGUCUUCGGGUGUGAAGCUUUCUGAUUUUGAUGCGGAUGAGGUGGCGACAGACUUUCCGUUUCGUGAGCUGACUUUCACGGACGAGCUAGCAGCAGAAUAUGGAGUAGUGGGAGGUAGGAGCGUUCCGAUGUCUUCGGGUGUGAAGCUUUCUGAUUUUGAUGCGGAUGAGGUGGCGACAGAGUUUCCGUUUCGUGAGCUGGUAGGAUCGUUGAUGUGGCUGGCGACUCAGACUAGACCAGACAUUGCGAAUGCAGUAAGGGCAGUAGCUCGGUAUUGCGCAUCUUCGAAGCUGGGGUACGCUGAUGCGGACUUUGCAAGCAAGGCAGCAGACCGUAGGUCGGUAUCAGGGGGGAUCGUGACGUGUGGAGGAGGCGCUGUGUCUUGGUUUUCCAGAACGCAAAAGUGCGUCACGCUUUCGACGACAGAAGCAGAGUACGUCGCGCUAGGCGACGUAGUGAAGGAGAUUUUGUUUUUGAGGCAGAUUUGGCGUUUCAUGUUGCCGCAGGUCGGCAUGCCGUGCAUCCCCGUCUUCGAGGACAACCANAGCACCAUAUUCUCAGGGAACUGUUGCGAGCAGGGGGGAUGUUAGAUAUACUCGCAGCAGUAUCUGGUCGUGAGCAUCCCAGGGAGACACGUGUUGGGAAUUUCGUGUGUUGAAGGGUAUCACCGGCGUAGUCACGGGGACCCUUUGGGCGUGGUCGGUGCGAUGAUGAGGAAGGAUUGCGUGCGUGCUGCGCACUUCUUCCUCUUCUUUUUCUUCUUCCCUCUCCCUCCACCACCACCACCGUCU